AUGAGAGAACUCAAAGCAUGGGAUUACUCCCUGGCACAUGACGUCAAAACAAGUACGUCAAACAUUCAGGCCUCGAUAGCUCUUAGCGUCAUAAUUCCUACCCAACUCUCCCUCCUCAACUCGAUAUCUCGAUCAACACCACGUUUCAAGCUUCCCCGCUCUUCGUACAUUACACCAGCCUCUAUACAAAACAGUGAUUGCAAUCUACACCCAACUAACCGUUACCUCAACCUUCCUGCCUGUAAUAACGCCCCAGGGCUGGCUUACGGAGACGGUCGCGAGAAAUGGCCCCGAGUCCGUCCGAUAAACAACAGCGGGACACUCCGGUUUGCAUACGUCGAUGUUACACGGUGCCAUUACGAACCGAAGAGAGACAACGCUGGAAUCAUGAUUUGCUACGAGGGGUUGAUGAGACUCUGGGGUAGUGUACCGAGUGACCCCGCACUGUUGUCGUUGAUAGCGCUUCUAUGUUUAUGA